AUGGCAGAAGCUGUCAAAGCCAAGGAGAAGCCCGUCGAGGCCAAGAAUUACAAAGGUUUCGUCGCCGGCGUCUUCUCCGGUAUCGCGAAGCUCUCAGUCGGUCACCCAUUUGACACCAUCAAGGUGAGGUUGCAGACGACGGACGCAGCCCGCUUCUCUGGACCCCUCCAGUGCCUCCUCCAGACGAUCCGCGUCGAGGGCCUCUCCGGCUUGUACAAAGGCGCUACGCCUCCGCUGGUGGGAUGGAUGUUCAUGGAUAGCAUAAUGCUGGGCAGUCUGACAGUCUACCGGCGCCUCCUCCGCGACAACAUCUUCAAUCCGCCGCUGCACCCCCUGCACGACCCAAACCUGCCGCUGCCCGCCCACGGCCAUGGCUUGGCCGGCAUCCUGGCCGGCUCGACGGUCUCGUUCGUUGCGGCGCCGGUGGAGCAUGUUAAGGCGCGGCUGCAGAUCCAGUACGCCGCCAAAAAGAACGAGAGGCUGUACACCGGGCCGAUCGAUUGCGUGAGCAAGAUAUGGCGCGCGCAUGGGGUGCGGGGAUUGUACCACGGCUUGACGGCUACGCUCCUGUUCCGGAGCUUCUUCUUCUUCUGGUGGGGCAGCUAUGAUAUUUUCAGCCGGUGGAUGAAGAAUUCGACGAGUUUGAGCGCGCCGGCGAUCAACUUCUGGGCCGGUGGCCUCAGCGCCCAGGUGUUCUGGUUGACGAGCUACCCCAGUGAUGUUGUGAAGCAGCGCAUCAUGACGGAUCCACUGGGCGGGAGUCUAGGCGACGGUACACGGCGUUUCAGGUCAUGGAGGGAAGCGGCCGUGGCGGUACACAGGGAGAGCGGGCUGAGGGGAUACUGGCGAGGAUUCUUGCCGUGUUUUCUCAGGGCGUUCCCGGCCAACGCAAUGGCCCUGGUUGCAUUUGAAGGCGUUAUGAGGACACUUCCUUAA